CAUCAAAUUAUUGUCUUCCUAAAAAAUUGACUGAGAUUCUUGUAAAUGGCAACUAUGCUCAAAGCUAUCAGCCUGCCACCUCCUCCUUUUUGCAAUUGUUGUAAAUUCCGUUAUGCAACAAAAAAAUACCUCAAUGGAUUUUCCUACUGCAGACAAUGUGCAAGUCAUCAACCAAACAAAGGAAAGUCUCUGACUGAUUAUGCAAAAGAGUAUCAAUAUUUUGAUAAAGUUUAUGAUUACCCCGUAUGUCAAUGCUGCGAAUUUGCAUUCACAUUAAGUAAAGAGAUGGCAACACUAUUUUAUGAAAAUGGCGAAAGAUUUGACUACUGCUACAAUUGUGCCCCAAACCACAGGGUAAGCCCGAAUGAUCCUGGCUCUAUAUUAAACCAUGAAGGCAAUAAAGAACUAUUGAAGGUUAUGAGAGAAAACAAAUAACAAUUAUAUAUUAACUAUGGAACAACAACAAACUAUAGAACAAUUAUUAAAAUCUAGUUUAUUACAUAAUUUAUUACAAGGCUGAUUUAUAAAAAUAAAAUUU